AUGAUGUCCUUUACGGAAGACAAGAGUCCAGUACCUUUAAUUCCCGGGACGGAGUUGUGCGAUGUUCGCAUCGGUGCAACGAACCCGGCGCUCUUCUUCUCCAUUGCGGUUGACACGCCCUGCCAGGUGACGUUUGAGUUCCAGGAGUUCAACAGUGCUGCGCGGUGCGUGCUGUUGCUCAGCCCAACGGACCCGAGACCCAGCAAGCACACCGCCGUGUGGAAAUGCUUGUCGCCCGACCAAAAUAAGACAAUGAGUGUGCUGCCAGCGGAUCCGUCGUACCAGGUCGGGACGCUCUACCUUGCCGUGCGCUACGUGGAGACCAGCGGGAAUACAUACAUUCGUCUUCGGCUGACGCUACAGGAGCAGUACGAGGCAGAGUGGUACUCCGCCGCCAAUCGUGCCUUGUACUACGGCAGGUGGUUGGGAUGCACCUACCAUGGCCGUGGUCGUUGCAUCUACGGUGUGGCCCCAGAGGCAGCGCAGGAUGGCACAGCAAGGUGGAGUGGCCGCAGCCUGCCGCAGCAGAGUGAGGCAGUGUCGUGGCAACCAGACUUCACACCAUUGUUGGAGAGUGGGAUGUUAGACGUCGCUCGCAAAGACGUGGGCUGGUCUAUUCUUUCGUUGCCCUUCCCAUCCGUUGAGGUGUACGAUGGGGAGUGGGUGAACGGGAAGAAGGAAGGCCGCGGCGUGUACCAGUGGGCUGACAGGGCGUACUGGGGUAUGUGGAGGUCAGGUAAGCGGGAGGGAUUUGGCGUGAUGAACACGCGUCAUGGCCUCCGCUAUGAGGGCGAGUGGCUAGACGAUAAGAAGCACGGCUUUGGGAAGAUGUUCUCUCCAGACGGAACGCGGUACCAGGGGGCGUGGGAGGGCGAUGUACGGUCUGGUGAAGGCGUGUUUAUCUACACAAAUGGCGUCGUCAUUCAUGGAACUUGGAAAGAUGACAUGCUGUCUUCGAAGGUCACAGCGAACUACGCGGACGGGUCCUGCUACGUGGGCCAGUGGGGCCACGACUGCCGUCACGGUGAAGGUAGCUUUACGGAUACUCCUGGAAACGUUUUGAAGGGAACUUGGGAUAUGGAUAAGUGCACAGGAGAAGGAAAAAUGACGUUUGUGAAUGGUGUGGUGUGUGUUGCGACGUGGGUGAACGAUGUGCGGCAGGGUGGAACAUUCACUUUUCCGAAUGGUGAGGUAUACGUUGGAGAUUGGAAUGAUGAGCUUUACUUCCGCGAAGGUGAAGGACGCUGCACGUACCGCAAUGGGGAUGAAUACAUAGGACACUGGAGCGGUGACAAACGCCACGGAUUUGGCAAGAUGAUUGAGGCUGGAGGGAAAUGUGUGUACGAAGGCGAGUGGUGCAAGGGUAAGCGGCAUGGCCUUGGCAUACAGAAGGAUGAUCACGGUGUAUAUCAUGGAGAGUUCCGGGACGAUGUUCGCUGCGGCCAAGGAUUGCACCAGGGCCCAAAUGGAUCUAUGUAUAGAGGCAACUGGAAGGAUAAUGACCGUGUUGGACCCGGUAUUGGUUUUGACGCGAAGACUGGUAGUACCUACGAGGGUUUGUUUCUGCUUGGUAAAUUGCAGAGUGUUGGCAAAUCCCGUUCUGACAAGGAUGCGUACGAGGGGACGUGGAUGGAUGGUCGGCGGCAGGGUGUUGGCACCACACUGCUUCCCAACGGGGACGUUGUACGUCACACGUGGCACCAGGGAGCUCCACAGGAUGGCGAGGUUCUGUGUAAGUACCACAACGGUGACACAUACGAUGGCGAAUGGAAGGAUGGGCGGCGUUGUGGCAAGGGAACACAACGGUACGCCAACGGCGCCAUUUACGUGGGCGAGUGGGCCAAUGACAAGCCGCAUGGACGUGGUUCUCUCACUGACGCACGUGGCGAGACGCUGGAGAGUGAGUGGCGCGAAGGUGUCCGCAUGGAUGUGCGCGGGAGGCUCCAUUUUCUAGACGGAAGUGUCUACGAGGGUGACAUGUGCGCCGGCAGGCCGCACGGCCAGGGCCGACUUAGCUAUCCUGAUGGCACCAGCUUUGAGGGUGCCUUCCGUGACGGCAUCUAUGUGUUAUAG